AUGCCGAAGGAGCACCGAAAACGAGGGCGACGGGAGGAAAAGAAGCGGAAGCGUGAGGAGGAGGAAGAAGACCAAUCCGCAACUUCCAAGCGGCAGAAGUCAGAGGACGCAGAAGCAGAGGUCGAGAUCAUAGUGGAUGGUGAUGAUGAAAAUAGACCACAAGAAGGCUACCCGGAAUAUGCUCCACGACCUGUGGAGAUCCCGUUCUACGGAUUACUGGAUGAAGAUGAGCAGGAAUACUUCAAGAGAGCGGAUUCUAUGCUAGAACUUAAUCAAUUCGCCGAUCCAGAGGAACGAAGUCUUUUCCUGGCCAAUGUCUACAAAGAGGCCAGUGGGAAGGAGCUCAAGAUCGCCAAUAGUCAGUCAUGCUCAAGGCUUAUGGAGCGAUUAAUUCUGCUAUCGACCCCGGAUCAGUUGAAGAAUCUGUUUCAGAAGUUCAGUGGACACUUCCUGCACCUUGUACAGCACAGAUUCGCUUCCCAUUGCUGCGAAGCAUUGUUUUUACAAGCAGCGCCAAUCGUCAAUCAAGAGCUGACCGCACCUCUGGAUCAGGGAAAGCAGAACCAGGGGAACAGGGACGUCUUCGUCUCUAUGGAGAACCUCUUCCUAUAUACACUGAACGAGUUGGAAGGCAAUAUGGGGUACUUGAUGAGUGACCAAUUCGCGUCGCAUCCACUGCGCAUCCUACUAGUCGUGCUCUCAGGUAUGCCGCUUACGGCUGUAAACACUUCCUCGGUGCUGCAGAGCAAAAAGAAGGAGCAUGUCUCUAUCACCAGUGCAAAAUCAAAGCCAACGGAGGAGAAGACAGAAGCACGAAUGGUACCAGAUUCCUUCCAUACCGCGUUGGAGAAGAUGAUGGCAGGAGCUGUGGCAGGUCUGGACACAACAUAUCUUCGGGCAUUAGCGACUCAUCCUAUCGCAAAUCCCGUUUUACAACUUCUGCUCGAGCUCGAACUCACAAGAUCCGGCAAGCAAAGCGCGAAAGACUCGAAGUCUCUAUUCCGGAAACUCGUUCCCGAUGAUGCGUUGGUGGAGGGUACCGAAAGUGCUUCUUUCAUUAAUAACCUUGUCUACGAUACUAUUGGCUCACGACUUCUGGAGGUAAUUGUAACAAAUGCACCAGGCAAGACGUUCAAAGCAUUAUACAAGAGCUCUUUUAAGGACAAAAUUGGGACAUUUGCGAAGAACGAGGUCGCUGCUUUUGUGGUCAUCAAGAUCAUCGAGCGCCUGAACAAGGAAGACUUGGUGACCGCUCUAAAUGAGAUUUGUCCUCAGAUUGACACGCUGAUCAAGCGCUCGCGUACAUCAGUUAUCAAGACAUUGAUAGAACGAUGCCGCGUACGACAACUAGAGGCACCAUCCAUCUCAACUGGCUUGAAGCAGGCUUACGGAGAGGGACCAUCCGACCGAUUGGUCAAGAUGCUCAGAGUGGGCACAGAGCGCGCAGAGGGCAUGGCAGAAGACCGCAGAAAACAGCUGGAUGCUAAGGACAGUGCCAAAGCUCAUGGAUCUCUACUGGCUCAAUGCAUGUUGGAGGCACCAGACCCACUGCGGGAACUUAUCUGCGAUGGGUUACUUGCUAUGGAGACGCGUGUUUUGAUCUCAGUUGCAAAAGAUCGAACAGCAUCUCGUGUCCUACAGACAGCUUUGGUCUGCCCCGAACAGGCACCAAAGUUCCGUCGACUGCUGAUACCACACUUCUAUGGCCACAUAGAGGACCUCGCAUUGGAUCCUGUUGCCUCCCACGUUAUUGACUCGAUUUGGGAAGCGACUGAUGGUCUCACAUUCAUCCGGGAAAGGAUUGCCAACGAGCUCGCGCAGCACGAGUCAGCCCUGCGAGCCUCGAUCUCUGGCAGAGCGGUAUGGAGGAACUGGAAGAUGGAUAUCUACAAUACAAGAAGAAAGGAGUGGCUGAACGAUGCAAAGGGCCAAAGCCAAGACCACAACCAAGCUGCCAAGACAAGUAUCGAGCUUGCCAGAGAGCGAUAUGCAGCGGGUACAAUGAGACAACAGCACAAGGUGGUGAAAGCAAGGACAGACAAUGGCACUGGCGCGAACAGCAUCCCUCAAGGAAGGGCUACCAUUCAGGGUAAAGCUUAG